CUUGGGAACAAUAUGGGAGUGUGUUUACAUUACAUAAAGAAGGCGAUCGACAACAAUCAGAAAUAACACGAAUACGUUACACUCAGUUGAGCGGCUGGACUACCAUCCAUUAAGAAUUAUCAAAGUUCUGGGACCAGAAUAAAACAACGAGAAAUGGGUGCAAAGAAAUAAAUGCGAUUACGCAAGCUCGUCACAUAGGUUUUGGACAAAUGAGAUAACCAACAAUUAACUACCAAGUUCACGAGUGUUACUGAAACUGAGUGACCACACCUCUCCAAUUGAAUUAUAUCACUGAAUUGAAACCAUGUCUUAAUAUCAAGGAAGGUGUUUAAAGAAAUCAACUGCUUUACACCUCUUCAUCUCAAAGAUAUUAGAUAUUGAAUUAUAACCGUCGCACUCUUUUGAUUGUCUUUGAAACGAAAAUUUUUUCUCUGACUUAUCGCCACACAACUCUAAUGAACCUUAAUUUCUAUUAUCAUGAACAUUAAUUUGAAUAUUUACAAUGUAACUAUUACUGGGUUAGCGUUUUUCUUUCUUUUCGCUGCAUUUCAAACAGCAUCCUUAACUGCACAAAAUGUUUUAGAAGCCGUUUCAAAACAGCGUAACAACAGUUUUGAUGGCACAGGUUACACUAGCUUAGCAAUUGUGUAUAUCUCAUUUGGCUUGUUCAACUGGUUUGCACCAAUUGUUGUAAUGUAUCUAGGAGAAAAAUAUUCUAUGAUCGCUGGUUCAUUUUGUUAUGCUGUAUACAUUGCUUCAUAUAUUGAACCAUUUGAGUGGAGCUUGUAUUUGGCAUCGUUUGUAAAUGGAAUCGGUGCAGCAGUGUUAUGGACUGCUCAAGGUGCAUUCAUCACCGAUUGUUCUACCAAAUCUAAUUUAAAUCAACACUUCAGCCUGUUCUGGGGAUUAUUUCAAGCUAAUCAAAUAGUUGGCGGUUUAUACGCUUACCUAUCACUAUCGAAUAUAGAUGAAAUAUCUCCCACAUUGCGUAUUCAGCUUUAUGGUGGUUUGUUAGGAUGUGCUGUUUUGGGAAUUUUAUUGUUAUUCACGCUGAGAAAGCCUCAUAAAACAGACAUUUCACAUCAACAGUUAAUUAAUGUGGAGAUAAAUUCCUCUGAUGAUAACUUAAGUCAGUUAACUCCAGAUUACCCAACAAUACAAAAUCGUUCGACAGUUUUUCAAUCGACUUUACACUCUUUACGUAGGUCGGUUAAAAUUUUAACUACAAAACCAAUGAUUUGUAUACUUGUGGCAGCAGCGUUUACUGGUAUUAAUUUGACGUUCUAUUCAAGUCUAUAUGCUUCUGCGUUAGGACAUUGUUUACGUUUCGGUAGAAAUGCAAAGUCUUAUAUCGGGUUGGCUGGCCUAUUUAUUGGAAUUGGGGAAAUUGUCGGUAGUUUCUCUUCACGUUUAACUCGAUGGAUUCGUUUAGAAGGAGUUCUAGUUAUUUUUGGUUAUAUCAGUGCAAUUGUAGCUGGCUAUUUCACUUUCAUGAUGUUACCGACAAACAGUUCUAUAAAAGAUACGGAUGAGCUGUCUUAUAUUACUCCUAAUGUCUAUUUGGCUAUGUUCAUAGCAUUUUUGUUUGGUGGUGUGGAUUCCGUGUGGAACACACAAAUUUCUGCCUUAAUUGGUUUCAUUUAUGGUGAGCAUGGAAGGGAUGUUACAGUUGGGUUUGCUUUAUUUAAAUCUGUUCAAUCUAUCGUAUCGGGAAUCGCUUUUGUCUAUAGCACUUACCUACUAUUACACUGGCAAAUACUCAUUUUUGUUGUAAUGGCUACUAGUGGUUUGUAUUGCCUGCUCAGUGUCUAUUGGUCACACCUAUCUCGCUCAGUAAAUUUGAUCGCCUAGGCUGAACAAGUUUCUCUUCAUGCUAAAAUAACAAAGCAUUAACACCUCAGUGCUCAAUAAAAAGUUAACUAUGAUUACUCCUGAAAGCCAUCUUGUCGUUAUUACAUAUCCCUUUCUAAAUUGACAAUUUUGAAGAAUUGUUUGCAUAGGGAUUUGGCUUUUGUGCAUAUUUUCUUUCUUAAUAUGUUUUUUUUAUUUAUUCAGUUUGUUUUCGAAUAUUGAUGAAUUUUAUUGCAAUCACGAUUAAGAAUUAUUACGACACAGUGUGUGCAAUUCGUCUUAAUAAUAGAAGUGUGAUUUAUGUACUUACUUGUUUCUUUGACACGUAAUACACUGACAAAAUUUUUUAAGUAAAAAUUCUACUCUGGCACUAACUGUAAUGUCAUCCUCUUUUUAAAAAGAAAAGUAAGAAUCACAUGAAGGAAGAGUUUGAAACCCUGAGUAGCGAUGAAAUCCCUAUUCCUAAGUAAAAAAUAAUUCAGAAGAAAUUCGCAAACUGUAUCGGAUUAUAAAAAUUAGCAUGCAAACAUUCACUGUAUGUUUUGAGACUAUUUAACCAAAAAUUUUAAAGAAGUCCUAAAUGAUAACACCUAAAUGCCCUGGUACAGCCGAGA